AUGUCGUCAAUCGCGCACAAUCCUACUGGACUGGUGGACCUGCCGUUAGAAAUGCUGGUCGAGGUUAUGAAGCAGCUGGAAUGGGAUGACUUUUUGCGCAUGAGGCAGACCUGUCGGCAUAUGUGCAAAGUUUCCAAUGCACGUCCAAUCUGGCUGUACUUCUUUGAGAAAUACUUGCGUUCCACGAUCCCGGGACCCUUUCAUCCUGAUAAGCCCGUUCAAGACUAUUCAUCAUACGAACUCGAAUCCCUCGUCCUUCGCCGGAAAGGCACCGAAGUAGCGGAGGGCCGAUUCCCCCGCCAACGGAAAUUGCACCUGGGCAAGCCUAGUUCGGAUAUUUUGAGCAAUAUGCACCUUGUUCAUGGGGGACGCUGGCUCUUACAUGCUGUAGCCAAUGGAUCGGUGGAGUAUGUUGAUCUCGAUACGUCGGAACACAUCGCUCGGCCGCUCACCCCACCCCCUUACGAUGAAUCUGCCUGCGUCAUGGCGUCCAUGGUAGUCGACAUGGACAUGGCGACAGAUGAUCUCCCCACUGACAGGUCAUUGGUAUUCAAUUUGGGCUUGCUUCUUUGGCGCAUGCCACGGUAUGACGCAGAGAUAAUCAAGCCUACAUCCCUGCCCAGUAUGUGCAUCCAGGUGUGGCGCAUCACUUUCCAAAAUGAUUGUCAAGGUGGUAGCCUCCUGGCUCAGUGCCUUUCUGCAUUUCCGGAAGAAGCUAUUGCGAACCCGAGAGCUUUUAGCUUGUUUUGGGGACGUAUCGCGUACUCCCUGUGCUUCGUGGGUGAGCAUGCUCGCAGAGGGCGUUGCGUUGUUGUCGUGAACUGGCAAUUAGCGAACGCUAGUGAAAUGGGUCACCAAAGAAGAUAUAGGAGACUGUGGGGCCAAAAUCUGGCUUCUCCCAUCCGACAGGUUGCUUGUUGCUGA